GCCGGCAGCGACGACGGCCGGCAGCGUGGCAACGGGCAGACAACUACCUUUACGGGGUCUCCCCGCAGCCCAGAGUCGUGGUCACAGAAGAGAUGAGAUGUGGCCGGAAAGACGGAACGAUUAUAAAAGAUUUCCAAGAAAACGUGUGCCUCCUCGAGGUCAUCGCAGUGACGGCAACCAUAAAGUAGGCAAUACUGCGCCGAAGAAAUCACCGCUGCUCAACACAGCUGGUGAGGGAAGCUACGGUAGAUAUUACAGUGAUGUUGAUUACCGAAACUAUGACGGCGGCCGCAGUUUUUGUCAGGAUCGAAGAAGCGCGGUGUCUCUGGAUCAAAGAGGCGCUCUUCCUCUCGAUCGCAGAGGCGCGGUUUCUCAGGAUCAAAGAAGCGCUCUUCCUCUCAAUCGAAGCGCUCUUUCUCUCGACCGAAGAAGCACGCUCUCUCUGGAUCGAAGGAGCGCGCUCUCUCUGAACUCUCUGAAUCGAAGAAGCGCUCUUUCUCUCGACCGAAGAAGCGCUCUUUCUCAGGAUCAAAGAAGCGCUCUCUCUCUCAAUCGAGGAAGCGCUCUCUCUCUGGAUCGCAGAAGCGCGCUCUCUCUGGAUCGAAGGGGCGCUCUUUCUCAGGAUCAAAGAAGUGUUCUUUCUCUCAAUCCAAGAAGCGCUGUUACUCUGGAUCCAAGAAGCGCUGUUUCCCUGGAUCCAAGAAGCGCUGUUUCUCUGGAUCGAAGAAGCGCUGUUUCUCUGGAUCGCAGAAGCGCGCUUGCUCUCCAUCAAAGAAGCGCUCUUCCUCAGGAUCAGAGAAGUGCUCUUUCUCUGGAUCGCAGAAGCGCUCUUUCUCUCGAUCGAAGAAGCGCGAUUUCUCAGGAUCAAAGAAGCGCGCUUUCUCUGGAUCGCAGAAGGGGUCCACCUCACAGAGGAGCUGAAUCUGGCAACAGGUGGCCAAGAGAGGAUCAUUCCACCCGCCGAAAGCCUGAUUACGGGGAUAUGAGAGAAGGCGCCAGAAGAAAGAGCUCCUACACUUCCGAUUAUGUGAGGGGUCGCUCUCGUAAAAGAGAUACUCCUUUUCUCAGACAACCACCUGUAGGCCAAAAGGAUUCUCCACACAGCAGAUCUCACACCACUGUCGGCAACAGGAGCUACUCUCUAGAAAGAAGCAACCCGUACUCUUUUCAGCAGCCCCAGCAUAGAAAGUCCACGCCUGCUGGUGCCUCCUACCAACGGCAGAAUGAAGAAAAGCCAGGAGAAGGCAAAGAAACGCCUGUUCAGUCAUCGAAAACAUCGAGACACACUUCAAGUUCCUCAGCAGUAGCUUCAUCGAAGGUGUUAGACAUACCCAGUCAGCUGACUACCAAGGAACUCCCUGAGGCUGCAAGCAAGUGGGCUGCUGAAAAGCUGGAGAAGGCAGAUGAGGGAGAUGAGGGAGCCUCACCUGAAAUUGCUGAGUAUGAGUCAGGCCCCAAGGCACCAUUAUUAAUUGACCAGCCAGAAGAACCUGAGUCCAAUGCAACACACGGCAAAAAAUUAUUUGAAGACAUUCUGCUAACCAGUCGUUCUAAAGCCAUAGCGUUCAAAACCAAAGAGAUUGAACAGGCGUACCGGCAGGACUGUGAAACUUUCGGGAUGGUCGUGAAAAUGUUGGUUGAAAAAGAUCCUUCAUUAGAAAAGCAUAUACAAUUUGCAUUGAGGCGGAAUUUACAGGAAAUUGGUGAGCGGUGUAUCCAAGAACUGAAGCGUUUUAUUGAAGAGUAUGAUGCCUCUAUUCAAGGCGCCUCUGGUCAAGAUUUUGGAGGCCCUUGUUAGAAAUUACUUGCUCAGGAAAAAAAAAAAAAGUCUCUAGAUCCAAUGUGACAUGUCAGAAUUUUGACUUGUGGCCUUUUUGACUUUGCAUGCUUAUCUUAGACUUUGUUACUUCAACUAUACCAUCAAAAAAAAAACUGAGUACUUUGGAAUCUUAGAGACUAUUUGCUUUGAGAAUGAUUCUCAUGCUGAUAAAACAGAGCACUUACAUUUCUAGAAGACACCGCAUAAUAAAAUUCUGUUUACUGA